GGGUUUUUCUCGCGAGAGUUGAAAGCCCUGCCCCCCCAUCCCCCGCCCACUGUGGCUGCGGCGGGCGCGGGUCCGGCGGCGCCGGCGGGAGCGGGAGCCUUUGUGUCCGGCGGCGCCUCGGGGGACGCGGCGGCGCCGGCGGUCGCAGUGAGUGUGCAGGUCGACGAGGUGUCCGCACACAAGAUGCCGUCCACUGCAGUAUUGCAGGACACUGGUGAUUCCUGGCUGGAGCAAUCAACGGCCCAUCGUGCGGACAGAUCUCUGGAGGAGUCCGGAGAGAGGGAAACCCCAGGACCUCAGGCCAAGACACCUCCUGUCCCCAGAGAGGAGCCCCUGCCCCCCCAGGACUCAGGUGCUGGGACCCUGAGCAGCGCUGAGCAGAAACCUGGAGCAGAGCCUGUGAAGCUGGAGCUGCAGAGGACUGGCCCAGGGGGACUGGAGGAGAGGGGCUCCCUGACACCUGAGCCGGGCCCAGUGCAGAAGGAGCAGGGCAGGCCUCCAAAGCAGGGGCAGAGCCUGGAGCUCCGGGAGGUGUUUGAGGCCGUGGCAGUGUAUUUCACGCGGGAGGAGUGGGAGCUGCUGGACGAUGAAGACAAGGUGCUUUACCGGGACCAGAUGCUGAAGACUUACCAAGCCCUCGUUUCCCUGGGAUAUCAAGGUCCCACACCUGCCUUAAUCCGCAGCAUCCAGCAGGAACAGGUGGAUCUCUGGGUUUGUGAUCAUGAGGACCAUGGGGAAAUCUCAAGGUCAGAGGACCUGCUGCCAGGAGGUGCCUGGCUGCUGAGCAAAGCUGAGGAGCAGACUCCUGUGGAAGGGCCUACAGACCUGGAACCACCAUGGACUUCCCCAGGGCAUUUGGGUGAGAUGGACUCCCUGAGACCUGAGAGAGAGCACUGGCACAAGAGUCCAGGGAGGUCCCCAAAGCAUAAGGAAAAUGUAGCAGUGAACCACGUACCAUCUGCAGUUGGGCUUGAGAGUGAAGAAGGGGCAGAACCCAGGAAGAGCCCUGGGUGCAGGGAAGAAUUUGUGGAGCUGAGAGACCUAAAGAGCCACUGGAAAGGAGUGCAUCCAAAUCAAGGCAGUGGGGAGGGCCUCAGGGAAGAGCCAGAGCUCACUACUAAUCACGAAGUCAGGAAAACCCUUAACUGCUCAUCUCUCCUGCCUCUUCACAAGAUAAGAAACACGUGGGAGAAGCUCCAUGUAUGCACCAAGUGUGGGAAGGGCUUCACCCGAUCCUCCUACCUGACCCAACACUACUUCAUCCACACUGGGGAGAAGCCACACCAGUGCUCAGAGUGUGGGAAGAGGUUCAGCCUGUCCUCCUACCUGACCAAACACCAGCGUAUCCACACAGGGGAGAAGCCACAUCAGUGCUCAGAGUGUGGGAAGAGCUUCACUGAAUCCUCCACCCUGGUCCGGCAUCAGCUUAUCCACACAGGGGAGAAGCCAUAUCAGUGCUCAGAGUGUGGGAAGAGCUUCACCCGAUCCUCCAACCUGACCCAACACCGGCUCAUCCACAUGGGGGAGAAGCCAUAUCAGUGCUCAGAGUGUGGGAAGAGGUUCAACCUGUCCUCCUACCUGACUGAACACCAGCGUAUCCACACAGGGGAGAAGCCACAUCGGUGCUUGGAGUGUGGGAAGAGCUUUACCCGCUCCUCCAACCUGACUCAACACCGGCUCAUCCACACUGGGGAGAAGCCACAUCAGUGCUCAGAGUGUGGGAAGAGGUUCAACCUGUCCUCCUACCUGACCAAACACCAGCGCAUCCACACAGGGGAGAAGCCAGAUCGGUUCUCAUAGUGUGGGAAGAGCUUUACCCAGAUUUCCCUUCUGGCCCACUACGAGGUCAUCCACACAAAAGAGAAACCACAUUGGUGCUGAGAGGAAUGGGAACAGUUCACCCAAUCCUCCAACCUGGCCUGGAACCAGCUUAUCCACACAAAGGUGGGGAAAGUCAAAUCAGUGCCCAAAAUGAAGGAAAACCUGUGGUGGGACAAUAGUGGGUGGUUCUAUGUUGAGACAUCUGCUUUCUUGCACCCAACCAAAACCAUGCUUCAAGUGCCCCCCCCUCAGGUACCUAUGUCCAGCCAACCCCUUUCUUUGAGCACACCUGCUAGCCUGAGGUAACUGCUGCCACCUCCCAGGCCCUGGUCUUUGUUAAGACUGUGUGCCACCAGGGUACAUAGACUUCGUUGAACUUAGGGGUGUUUAGCCCACUAAAAUUUUGGGGUGCUUCUUUUAGCUUGAAGCAUUCACUAGUAGUCUCCUGCAUGGAAUGAAAGUAAAAAGGCCCCGCCCACGUUAACUAGCCGAGGGGCUGUACAGGCAAGUCUCACCCUCAUAAGCAGCGACAGCAAGGUGUGCUAUGACAGAUUAGCUGUAUUGCUCAAAGAGGUGAGAGGGAGGAAGGAAUACAAAACAACAGAACUUAGAAAGAAAACCAGCUUACCCUGGCACCCUUGGAGUAAUUGGGAACAACGGCCGCAAACUGAUGGAGAACGGUUUAGGUUGGACAUCAGGAAGAACUUGUUUAUGGAAAGGGUUGCCAAAAUCUGGAAUGGGUGUCCAAGGGAGGUAGUGCUCUCCCCUACCUUGGGGUCUUUAAGAGGAGAUUAGACAUGCACCUUGCUGGGGUCAUCUGACCCCGGGGCUCUUUCCUGCCCAGGGCAGGGGGUUGGACUCGAGGAUCUGCUAAGGUCCCUUCCAACCCAAACAUCUAUGAAUCUAUGGAAACUUGUGCAAAGCAGAAUGGGCUUGUUGGCCCUUUUGAUAUGCACCUAAAGGUACAGAACUCUAAUUUACUGGCUACAUUUCAGGUAAGCUAUCUACAUAUACAUCCAGAGGAUUCUGGAGGCCUAUGCUUCAGUUUGUGUGUCCAAAAAUGCCUCUCUGGAGGCAGUUCCUACCUAGACCAGGUGAGCUGACCUUGAAAUACCUUUUCUGACCUCAUUCCUGGCUCCAACCAGAAGCAGGGUAUAUUUUAAUGUAGCCAAGGCAGACCAGUCUUUUUAAAAGACAUCACCAUCCCCAGGUGGAGGGUCCAGCAUCACCAAACUGGCCUGACAGGUACCUGAGGGGGGACCUGAGACAAAGGGUCUGUGCAGCACAAGGAGGGGGAUGGGAGGUCUCAGUCCUGGGGACCGAGAUGUAGAGUGAAAGGUUCCUUCACACCUUCAAUUUACCCUUAACUGACCAAACACCGGCUCAUCCACACUGGGGAGAAGCCACAUCGGUGCUCAAGAGUGUGGAAAGAGCUUCCCUCAAUUCUGCCACCUGGCCUGGGAUCAGCUCAGCAGCACAGAAAAGCCACAUUGGUGGCUUCCCCCACUCCUCACAACUGGCCCAGCACCAGUGCAUCCACUUCCGGGAGCAUCCAUAAUUUUGUCAGCAAUGCAGGAAUGGUUUGGGGACGUCUACUUGCUCAGCACUCACCAGUGUCUGCAUCCAGGCAGGCAGACUUAUGCUUGUAGACUGCAACCAUCGUUCACCUAUCGUUUGGCCCUUCUAGGGCACUGCACAACCCAGAGGACAUAGAGCCUGGCCCCAAAGUUUGAUGGGGGGGGGAGUUAAACCCCUCAGGCAGAGGCCAGCCCAGAUGCUGAGGUAACCUGUGAGAUGAUCUUUGCCUUGAAGCCUGUGCCAUCCCCAUCUUUCUCUGAAAGCAGUCAGUUCUCUAAGGGGAGAAGUGUCUUCACAACAGGCUGCCCUCCCCAAGACAACUGGCUCCAAAUGGCAGCUAAUGACUCUCUUUGGCUAACUCCCAGCUUUGUCCUCCCUCCUGGUCCCAGGGUCCUAGCAUGUGAGGCUCUUGAGUUGCAGGAAGAAAGACACUUAUUGCUGGGGAGGCAAUUCCCUGCUUUCCACCCUUCCCUUGCCUUUCCUCCCCACUGCAUCACCCCUCUCCCAGGCUAGCAUAUGCCCAUCAGGGUCUGCAAAUAGCUGCUACUGCCACCCUAUGAGCCCAGUUUGGCAGGUUUUGCUUCUCAGCCCCUUGUCAGAGCUCUGCACCAUGAGGCACUGGCUGCAUCCUCCCCCCAACCCACCUCUUCCCUUCAUCCCAUUCUCUAUGAGACUGCUUGCUAAUCAAGCCCCACAACAUAACAUAAUAUCUCUGUGGGGUUUGAUUAGCAGAGGGGGAAGGUCUCCCUCCAUGCACUUGUUCCUUCCUGCAGCUAGCAUUGAGCAGCAGUGGGGCUGGCAUCUCCCUGCCAGGUGCCAGCUGCCUUGGGGGCUCUGGGGGUCUCGGGAGCUGUGCUGCAGUGCAUCUGUCACCAGGGAGCUGCACCCUCCACUGCUGUCCCUGCACAAUCCUGUGAGUGUAUGUGUGUGAGAUGUCACUGUCUUCAAUAUCUCCCAGCACUGUCCCAGCAGUGCUCAGGUAUUUCCCACCAAAGCUAUGUCGCCAUAGCUUGUCACUACAGAGAUGCACCCACUGCGGGGAAUCCACUACCUGUACUUAGGGUAGUAGAAAACUACAGUAGACUAAUCUGCAUAGUAGCUCCUGUGUACAGGUAAGCAGAGAUACUUUACUCUGCAGUAGUCUCCUGCGCAGUAAAGUGUCUCAUGUGGACACACCCCGUGAGGAGGCACAGGCAGAUCCUGCAGCAGGGACAUGCGUCAGAGAAGAGACCCAUCCCAUCAACGUGGGCGAGGAGGGGAAGGCUUUUGCCAGGCCCUGUCAGGCUUGUGUUACUUGGUCAGAGGCAGGGGGGAGCUGAGCAGAAAUCCCCAGGAAUCCCACUCCUGCAGCUGGAGCAGGCCAGAGAGCCCUGAAUGGCGAGCAGGAAGGCCGUGCCCUGUUGCAUCCCCUGUUCAGUGUUGCCUUGGGGGUGGGAAGGGGUGGGCAUGAACAGCAGCCAUGGCUUGCCUGUGCAGGGAUAACUGAGACAAUUAGUCCUAUGGAGCUGUCAUGAGUACAAAAUGAAUCUGUUAAAUUGCAUGAAGCAACCCCUGUGGGUUGUUUUCUUCCCAGGGAAAGUGGCCUUCAUUUGCUUGAGGUGAACUCACUCCCAAAGUUGAACCUGGGUCACUUUAAUGCUGAAUAAGAAUUUCAUACAGGGGGAUAGGAGUGAGGGGCAAAGGCUGCUCACCUACCAUCACCCUUCAGAUCCAAGGUAGGCUUUCAAAAGCCAGACAUUUCCUUCAAAGUGUCCUCUGUCUUUAACACUGGGUAAAACAACAUUCAUAUUGCAGGUACUUCAUUUAAUGCAUCAGGAAAACUGCAUUAAUGGACAUGUAGACAUGCUGUAUGACUUUAUGACUCAACAGUAUGAGCACUAAUCUUGAGACCCAGUUGCCUUGCAGGAAAGCGAGGUAAUACCAGAGUACUGCUCUCAUACCUGGUGUCGGUGUCACGGUCUCGUUGAGUGUUAUGUGUCUCAGUGGUGAAUUCUCUGCAGUUGUCAUUCUGUCAAAAAGUCAUAGCCAGGAGAUCCCAACAUCAAUUGUGUCUUAAACAACUGGCAAAGGUUUGGGCAAGUCUAUUAUGUACAAGCCAUGGCCUGAACACAGCUGUGACCUGACACAAGAUAUUAUUGCAUGUGUGCCUGUGACAAGGUAUGGGUACAACACCAUGUAGGCUCCCCUAGGCCAGUACAAAUGUCCCAUGCUUUCUGAUUUUCCUUUUAUACAGUGAUCUAUCAAAUUACUUAUUACAGUCCACAGAUAUUGAGCUAUCUUGUGCUAUGGGCUUGUUUCACAUCUUGACCUGGGUAUGCUGUCCCAGCCUGAGACUGGACUCUUUACCUUGUACAUCCAUCUCCCCCUUCCAUCUCCUGGCAGGAGUUUUCAUCUGGCUGACGUGUCAAGUUCUGCUUCGAUAAGGGGCUCAUGCAUUGAACAAUUUUGCUAAUCAGGCCUACUUCAGUCAAUGCUUUCGUGUGAGUUUGAUCAGUGUUCCAAGGAUGCCUACACCAGGAUGCCUAAACCUGUCUGGUUCUCUGGAUCUGGCUGUUCAUGUGCGGGCAAUGUGCUGAUUAAAGCUAGGUCCCAAACCCCAAAAUUGCAGGACCUUGUUCCCAAACGAGGAGACAAUCUGGGAUCCGCAUUUGCAAAUUCUCCUACUUCGAAGGCUGUGGAUGUGAACUAUGUGGUGCACCCACAGUUGGACAGUGUCCUUGGCUGAGGGAAGACUUACACAUGGGAUGUAGUGCACCAUCUUCGUCAACCUGUCACCAUCCAGAUCAUAGAGAAUCCAAUCAAUUAGGGAAGAUCCAUAAUAAAGUCCAUCCAAAUAGUGGACCAUGGUGGUCGAGAGGGAGUGAAGAGGGGCUGGAAGAGACCAUAGAGGUUUUCAGUUGGCUUCAUUAUGUGGGUGCCAAUGUUACAGGAGCAGAUGAACACUUGCAGGGUUUUGCUCAUGCACGGCCACCAAAGCAGUGGGUGAGUAGAUAGCUGGCUGCCCUGGAAUGGAGAAAAACUGACAGGGAGUCAUGGCAAAAACAUAGUGCCAGACUGGACCUGUGGGCAUGUAAAUCUUACCCUGAGUGAAGAGAACUGUGUCCUGGACUUGAGGCAGUGGCCAUAUGAAGGCAGCCUGCUCUUCAAGAGGAAAUUCUUUCCAGGUGGUGGCUGGGACAGAGCCAUUGGCAAGGAGAUGUGAGGAUGCCAUGUGGCUUCAAAAGGGGUCAGGUUCCAGUGGUCCCUGUGCCAGCUUGGCAUCAUAUUUCACUUUAUGAGAGAGCAUUCACCUUCCCAUUUCUACAUGAUCUGAAAAUCAAAGUGGGGCAAGGAAAGGGCCAACCCCAGCCUGGUUGAGUGUUUUGGUUGCACACAAAUAUUCUUUCUAGUGUUGUGUGAAUGAAAUGUGUGUUCGCAGGAGGAACGAGGGGCAGUCUGCAGAGCUGUGCUCACUGGGAGAUUGGAUUGCAACUCCCAGAACCCCCUCGGGCUCGUAGGGAGGGAAAAAGGAAGAGGAAGCUGGAGGCUGGAGUAAGGGGGAAUGAGGGAUAUACAGGUGGGUCUUGGCCAGCCCUGUACAGAGGAGCGCAGUGGUGCUUGAGAUUAGGGUUACUAUAAGUCUAGCUUUUCCCAGCAUGUCUUCUUCUUGAACCCUCUGAUCUCUGUCCAGGAGGGUUUUUUAAAUAUGACCAAAUGUCUGGUAUUUUGCUUUGCUCCACUGGUGGGAGCAGGGGAAGGGUGAUCGGAGGCAGCAGGGAGCACAGCUGUCUGCAGCUGCAGAGGCUCACGCAGACUCAUGCGGUAUUCCCUGCUGCUUCUGAUCACCUUUCCCCUGCUCCCACCAGUGUAGCAAAGCAAAAUAGUGGACAUUUGGUGAUGGCAACAGGGCAGGGGUUUGUGGGGGUUUCCUGCCCCUCCAGUGGGGGAAGGGGAGGGGGGGCAUUUGAGGGCAGCAGGGAAUUCUGCUGCUUGGCCAGUAGCCCAGGGGCCAGAGCCUGUGUUUGCAGGGGUGGAGCAGCCAGGAGAGGCUGCUGGGGUAGGGAGAAAGAGUGGGGAGUAGGCUGCGACCAGCCUGGGGAUUGUGAAGGAAUCCUCCUCUCUGCCCUGCCUUGGGACAUGCCACAAACCAUUCCUCUUUCACCCGUGUGGUAUUUGAUUAACCUGGUCACCUACAUGACGGCUGGAGAAAUUCCUGCAGGGUGGGGGGCAGCUCACUCUUCUUUUGUUCAGCAGCAGGCAUUUUGGGGAAGGAGAAAACAUUCAUUUUGAGAGAGAGACACUGAAGCCUCUAGUCUCCAGAGUGCUCUCAUUCUGUGGAUGUACAUGUGAGUAACUUACCUGGCACUUAGCCAGGAUAUUGGGUUAUGUAUUUUAUAUGCGUAUUCAAAGUGUCCUCGGGCCCGUUCUGUUUUGCUCAAGGCAUUUUCCUCUAAAACCUCUUUUCUCUAUGACCCCCCGUUCUCCCCCUCCAAUCAAUAAAUGCUGUUUGUUACAGCACGCCUGGCUGUGGAUUAUCGAGGGAAAGGACCAGCCUUUUUGCCUUCUGCUCAGCUGAGCUGAGGGGAGUUUGGCUGUGUAUUAAUUGGUGCAGUCCUACCUGAGUUUAUCCUCGUUGGCUCCAGGCUAUAAGAAGGACCCAGAGAUAUUAACAGGGGUCAAAGCACCCCCAAUGUCUACAAGGUACGUACCCUGGGCUGCACAUAGCCCAAGCUGAGACCAGAGCCUGGGUGGUGGCAGCAAUUACUCCAGGCUUGCAGGUGUGCUCCAGGAAGCGGGGCGGCUGGACGUUGGCACCCCAGGGGAGACAACCUGGGGGGGCAAGGGGCUGCGGGUCAGGAGUGUGAAGCACCAGCAGGGAUGGGGAGGGCUGCAGGUUGGGAGUGAGGGGCACCAUCAUUUCCCAGGGGGGCAGGGUACUGCAGUUUGGGAGUGAGAGGCACUGGCAGGGCUGUGGUCAGAGGGUUGGGAGUGAGGGGUAGCAGCAGGGCUGGGGGGGCGGGGCGUUGUGGCUUGGAAGUGAGGGACAACAUAAUGGGCAGGGGGAGGACACCUGCAUGUCACUCUAAUGCCCCCUCCCCCCCAGGGUGUAACAGAUGUCCUUUUUUGGACCUGAAAAUAAGGUCAUCCUACUAGAGAUCUCACUGGCUUGGGCAGCCAGGACAUGAAGAAGGUGGAUUCAGACUUGGGGACAGCUGCAGGUGUUUGAUCACUCUUGGGACUGCAAGUUUGUUUGGGGAACACUUCUGGAGGUGUUGGGGUGGUGGGGAGUUAAGGUGCUGAGUGAUUGUUACCACAAUGUUGAUGUUUCUUUACCUUUUACCUGUUCCCUGCCUUUGGCCCGUUGACUUGUGACCCUGACCCCUAUGAUUUGUUAUAUAAAAGUGGGAAUCCCCUCUUGCUUCUUGUGGCAGUUUCUGGGCUGCAGGUUGGCACUGGGUUUUUGUGAUCUGUAAGAACCUGCACUUUGUGCCAUGGCUCUUCAAAGCAGUGCCACCACUGUAACAAAAACUUCUAGGACCUGUGGCUCUGCCCCCUGACUUAGUUUCCCCCCCCCCCCCCCCGCUUUUUCUUCUUUCUCUGUCUUUUCACAUGUCUGUCAACCUAGUUGCCUAUGCAACCAACUUGCUGCCUACCUGGCUCAGGUAGGAGGGAGUGGAUCUAGCCUCUCCAUUGUUUUGAGUUCUGCCCUCAUGACAUGGGAGCUGGGCUUAAACCAGUGUCACUCCAAUGGGUAAUACUGACAUUUUUCAAGUUGAUUGCUCAGCAUCUAAUAACACCUGCCCUUGACUGAGUCAAGGUGAUGAGGUCAGGAGGGCUAUUUAAGAGGGUCCCUCCAUGCUGGUGGAAGAGACAUGUUUGGGAACAUGAAAACAAGAAAACAGCCUCUGGAGCUCUUUUAGAUUCUGGAUGAACAUGUGAGUAAUUUGAAAAACCUGAAAUUUAGCCAGUAACUUAGGAUCCAGUGUUCUAGAAGUGUAUCAAAAGGCUUGCAAGCCACUUCCGUUUGCUCAGGGUUAUGCUUUUGAUACUUCUCUGAAUUUUACUUCUCCCCAUGCCUACCAUUUCAAUAAAGGUAUCUGUUAUAGCAA